AUGUCCCAGCUUCCGGUGCCUGAGAGGCGCGUCCUCUCAUUACACACAACUCUAGGCUCAGACCUAGUAGAGCUCAAGUGCUCUACACUGUACUACCCAGUCUCCUGCGCCAAAGACGGUCUCACACUCGUGUUCACGCAUGGAAUUGCUAGUCACAAGGAACAAUACGAUCCUACUAUUGCUCGCCUGCUAUCGCAUGCUCAAACUCGCGCUGUGAUCCGGGAUAUAUGGGUGCUUGACUUUCCCCAACCAUGGUCAAACCGCACUUCUGAACCGUCCGUGUUUGAUGCGCGCAAGGCAAAUGGGAAGGCGAUGUGCUGGAGUUGCACGCUCUGGAUAUUUGCGCUCACAUCCAUACCUACUUCUCUUACUCCCAUUGCUCUCAUAAUGGUCGAACCAACGUUGAUGUUCCCUUCUCUCACUCCGACUGACCCUCGCUCCAUCCACGGAGCCGCAAACGUUCGAGGCUUUGAUGAGGUGGUUGAUGGGCAGCAAGGCGUUUGGAGGAAGUGGGAUAAGAGGGUUUUGGACCUUUAUGUGAGGUGUGGAUUUGAAGAGGUGAAUCAAUCAAACCUUGGUACGGGGAAGAAGGAGAGUUAUGUUACACCUACGUUGAGAAAAGACGAGGAGAGCCCAUUGGCGGUGGAGGAGGCUGGAAGGGGGGUUCAUGUCAUUUGGGCUGAUUUCGAGGAGUUUGUAUCUAAAGCGUCGAGGGAAGAGAUUUUAGAUGCUGCGGAGCACAGGGUGGUAUCUCAGCGGACUAUCAAGGGGGCGGGUCAUUUGGUUCCGCAAGAGAAACCAGAUAAACUUGGAGAGGCACUCGUCGAGAUCUUGGAUGAGAUUGUGAACGGUUCGGGGGAUACGAAGGCGAAGUUGUAG